UUCAGGGCUGCACUUUUAAACACAAUGAACUUCUUCAUAACAGCAAGAAAGCACCGCUCACCAACCACAAUAAUUCCACACAAUUCAUCAGCCCAAGUACAACUAACAACGUGCAUUGUGGUAGUUCGGGUCAACUUUUAUUUCGCAUAAUGCCUGUAGUAUUACAUGGACCCAAGUCAAGUAUUGCUACAUUUGCGCUUAUAGAUGACGGUUCAUCCUUGACCUUGAUAGAUCAAGAGCUGGCAAAAGAACUAGAUGUCAAAGGGUCGGCUUCUCCGCUGUGUUUACGCUGGACAGGUGGAAAAACACGCUAUGAACGAGAGUCUGAGACUAUUAACAUCGCAAUUGCCGGGACCAACGAUAAAAAAAGUCCGCUCGAAGGGGUGCGAACGGUAAAAGAACUUCUCCUGCCAGUGCAAUCCUUGGAUUACAAUGAACUAUCCGCGCGCUACCCUCACCUUCAAGGACUGCCAAUUGGAUCGUACCGUAACGCAAAACCCAGGAUUCUAAUAGGAGUACAACAUGCACGUGUCGGAGCAGUACAAAAAUGCAGAGAAGGUGGAGUGGAUGAACCAAUUGCCAUUAAAACCCGCUUAGGUUGGACGAUAUACGGAGGUAGCUCCGUCGCAGUCGAAAAUUCCUCAAUCUCUCCUAGAUUCAACCUCCACGUUUGUACUUGCAACACAAGGGAUGACGGUUUACAUGCGAUGAUGAAAGAGUAUUUUUCAUUUGAUAGCAUGGGAAUAUCACAGCCGACCAAAAUAAUACUCUCAAGUGAAAUAAAACGUUCCGAAAUGUUACUAAACACAGGAACACAUUUACGCGGAGAUCGUUACGAGACCGUAUUGCUCUGGAAAUCUAACGAUAUUCGGCUGCCAGAGAGCAAAUCCAUGGCGUACCGCAGAUUCCGAUGCCUAGAGAAACGUAUGGCAAACGAUAGAAGUCUUGCGGAAACGUUGAACAUGACAAUCAGAAACUAUGUGACGCAAGGAUAUAUCCGCAAACUGUCAUCAGAAGAACUGGCCGCGGAUCAUCGAAGGAUUUGGUACUUACCAAUCUUUCCGGUGACAAACCCAAAUAAGCCUGGAAAAGUCCGCAUUGUAUGGGACGCAGCUGCAGUUUCCCGUGGCAUCUCCCUAAAUUCCGCGCUACUCAAAGGCCCUGAUCAAUUGGCAUCUCUUGUUUCCGUGCUUCUACAAUUCCGGGAAAAUCGCGUCGCCGUGUCUGGUGAUAUUCGCGAAAUGUAUCACCAGAUACUGAUCAAUGAAGAAGACCAGCAUUGCCAGCGAUUCUUCUGGAAUGAUGGAACCAGCCCGGAACCCAACGUAUUUGUAAUGAACGUCAUGACAUUUGGGGCCUGCUGCUCACCCAGCUGUGCACAGUUCGUGAAGAAUGUAAAUGCACAGCGGUUCGUCGAUACACUUCCUGACGCGGUAGACGUGAUCGUCCGUAAGCACUACGUCGAUGAUAUGUUAGCAAGUGUAGAAACGGAAGAUGAAGCAAUACAAUUGGCGAAAUCAGUACGACUCAUUCAUCAGAGCGGAGGUUUCGAGAUCCGCAACUGGCGAAGUAAUGCUGAAGGUGUUCUAGUAGCUCUAAAUGAGCGUGCAGACGGUGGACCUUUAUCCGACAAAGAUCUGAAUUUGGGAGAGGUGGAUGUAGAAAAAGUUCUCGGUCUAUGGUGGUGCACUCGUACGGACACCUUCAGAUUCAAGUUUACAUGGACGCGAUACGACAAGGCCUUGCUAACGGGUCAACGAUGCCCAACCAAACGCGAGGUUCUGCGAACACUGAUGGUUGUGUUUGAUCCUCUAGGAUUCGUGGCACACUUCCUCAUAUAUCUUAAAGUGCUACUACAAGAAAUCUGGCGUUCUGGUACCCAUUGGGACGAAGCUAUCAGAAGUGACCUGUUCGCCAAAUGGCGCACCUGGCUUAAGCUUCUUCCUGAGGUCGAAACGGUUAGGAUACCGAGAUGUUACCGGCUUACUACAUCUACAAACAGGAAUACUGACGUUCAGCUCCACAUAUUUGUAGACGCAAGCGAAACUGGGUUCGGAGCCGUUGCAUACUUGCGGUUCCAGGAAGGUCAAAUAAUCGAGUGUUCUUUGCUAGGAGCUAAAACAAGAGUUGCCCCGCUAAAGUAUGUCUCGAUACCAAGACUGGAGUUACAAGCCGCCGUCCUGGGAUGCCGGAUGGCAAAAUUAUAUGCCGAGGCAUUGUCCGUCCCGAUACGGAAACGAUUUUUUUGGACUGACUCCCACGAUGUAAUGUGUUGGCUCCAAUCGGAUCAUCGUCGCUACAGUCAGUUCGUGGCUUGCAGAGUUAGUGAAAUAUUGGAGACAACUGAGAUACACGAAUGGCGAUGGAUUUCGACGCGUGACAAUGUAGCCGAUGAGGCAACAAAAUGGCAUCGUCUGCCAGAAUUCAGCCCAGAAAGUCGAUGGUACCGAGGCCCUGCAUUCCUGUGGUCCCCGGAAAAUGAAUGGCCAGUUCAACGUUUUGCACCAGCUGCAACGAACGAAGAGCUUCGUGCUCAUUUACUUCUUCAUGAAACUGUGUCGCCUCUAGUGAACUUCGCAGAUUUCUCCAACUGGAAACGUUUGCUAAGAGUAGUUGCUCAUGUUGUGCGGUUCCCCAUGAAUAUUCGCUUGAAGAUCUCUCAGAACAUGAUUUGUGGAGGACCACUUUCCCAAACGGAGCUCGUACAAGCAGAAGCAGCAAUCUACCGUCAAGUUCAAAAGGAAUCCUUCCCGGAAGAAAUCGCCGUUUUACAGUCGUCAACGUCAUGCCUCCAGAAAAUCCAAAAGACAAGCGAACUGUACGGCUUGAACCCUAUGCUCGAUGUACAUGGUGUCCUAAGAAUGCGCGGAAGAACCGGCGGCUGUACAGCAGCAUGUUUUGAUGCUAUAAACCCAAUAAUUCUACCCAGGCGUCACCCUGUGACUGAUUUGAUCGUCGCCUACCACCAUGAAAUAUUUCAUCAUCGAAACCACGAGACCGUGGUGAAUGAGAUAUUUCAAAAAUAUCGCAUCGCUCGUCUUCGCGUGGUCUACAACACAGUGCGAAGAAACUGUCAACGCUGUAAGGUGGAAAGAGCGCUACCAGUACCUCCAGCAAUGGGCGAUCUACCUCCUGCACGUCUGGCGGCUUACUCAAGACCGUUUACAUUUGUUGGAGUAGAUUUUUUCGGUCCCCUGAUAGUAACCAUAGGCCGAAGAAGUGAAAAACGGUGGGGCUUACUUGUGACUUGCCUUACUGUACGAGCGAUCCACCUGGAGGUCACCCAUUCCAUGAACACAAGCUCAUGCAUCUUAGCACUACGAAAUUUCAUGGCCAGAAGAGGAGUUCCUAGGGAAAUCUUUAGCGAUCACGGCACCAACUUUCAAGGAGCAAGCCGUGAGAUGCGCGAAGCCCUGCGAGCGGUUGAUAUGGAAAAAAUGAUGCAAGAGUUCGAGAGCACUGAAACAACGUGGAAGUUUAUCCCACCUGCCAGUCCGCAUAUGGGUGGCAGCUGGGAAAGGUUGAUACAGACCGUAAAAAGGAACCUUAAUGCUAUAAAUCCACCAAAUAGGAUAAAUGAUGAGGAACUAUUAAAUAUUUUCAUCGAAAUUGAAAACAUCGUCAAUUCGAGGCCGUUGACCCACGUGGCACUGGAAGACGAUAAUAGCGCAGCGUUAACACCGAAUCACUUCCUACUGGGCUCGUCGUCAGGGUUAAAACCGGUUGCCUCUCUCGACGAAAGUUGCAGGACAUUGCGACAUGGAUGGAAAACCUCUCAGGCGAUCACUAAUAGUUUCUGGAAAAAAAUGGGUGACGGACUACCUACCCACUAUAACCCGUCGGACGAAAUGGUUCUUCAACACCAAACCGAUAGAAAAAGGUGACAUCGUCGUGAUCGUUGACCCCAAACACCCACGGAAUUGCUGGCCGAAGGGACGGGUUAUCGCUACCGCGCGCAGCAAAGACGGACAAGUUCGUUGGGCUACAGUCCAAACUGGAACCGGUAUCUAUGAGCGACCGGCUGUCAAGUUAGCGGUUUUAGACAUCAGGCGCGGAGAUAGUAAGCCAUAACCAUCAGGCACGGCGUACUCGGGGGGGAGUGUGAGCGAUCAAGUUCGCGCGCGCCCUUUGCGAAACAAGAUCUCAACAUGACACCUGCCAACAUGACACCAACAUGACAGUCUAACGAAUUGUCACUGAAAGGCCUAAAGUUUAGUGCGAGAUAGUUAACCACAUUUAAUUGUUUGAUCCUAAUCAUCUUAGUCUAUACCUAAUUCUACGUUUAUCCAAGAUUACAACUUACAACUAGGGACAGGUGUUGUUAACCUAAAAGUGAAAACCACUGAACUCAAUUUUGCUGAAGGAAGCUAGCUAUACUAGCAAUAUUAGCCGCCCGUUGAGGUAUGAGAUAAUGAAUUCAAUCAUAUUAAUGUACAUGCAACUAUAGAUAUCAUUAUAUCUAGAAAGCAGCCAGAUUAUCCUUUCAACGACCAGCGCUACUGCUCGUCCACUUAAAAGGCAUUAAAUGUAAGUCGCCAUCUUGUUUCAUUGAAUUAUGAUUAACAUGAUAUAUUCGGCAGGAUUUUUAUAACUCGCCGACACACCGUAUACCAAUAAACGAGUUUAUAAAACCAGAACCGUCUUUAGUGGAAUAGUAGC